UCCUGUGACGUGUAGUUGCCGUUUAGAACUUUUGGAGUCUGAUUUAAGGAAGAUGUCUUUUCUACUUGAAGAUUUUGUUUCAGUGGAAAGUGUGACAGAAUACAGGUCCUUAGAACCUGGGGAUCACAUAGCUGUUGCUGGAGAACAAAAUGGUGUUGAGUACUACCACCAUGGUAUUUUCAUCAGUCACAAGGAAGGCAUCAUCGAAUUUGGUGGACCAGACAAAAGAAGGGCAAAAGUGCGGCGCGUUGAUCUGUUUCAAUUCAUUGAUUUUGGACGAAGAAGACUUGUAAGAAUAAAAUAUUCUGCAGGACAAUGCCUACCUCCGGAGGUUGUAGUUCAAGAAGCCAAGGAAUUGUUGGAAAAUCCGCAUCGGUGGGGCCCAUUUGACAUGAUAGGAAAUAAUUGUGAACACUUUGCGACAAAAUGUAACUAA